CGGGGGCGGGGCGGGAGGGGGGCAGUCGGGAGCCGCCGCCGCCGCCGCCACCUUCCGCACAGCAGCGGCAGCAGCAGCGGCAGCAGCAGCGCGGGGGCUCCGCGGAGCGGCGGGGAGCGCCAAUGCCCGGACCGACCCAAGCCCUGUCCCCAAAUGGCGAGAACAACAACGACAUCAUCCAGGAUAACGGGACCAUCAUCCCCUUCAGGAAGCACACGGUGCGGGGGGAGCGCUCCUACAGUUGGGGAAUGGCGGUCAACGUGUACUCUACCUCUAUAACCCAAGAGACUAUGAGCAGACAUGACAUCAUCGCAUGGGUUAAUGAUAUAUUAGCUUUAAACUACACAAAAGUCGAACAGCUCUGUUCAGGAGCAGCUUACUGCCAGUUCAUGGACAUGUUGUUCCCAGGGUGCAUUAGCUUGAAGAAAGUAAAGUUUCAAGCAAAGCUGGAGCAUGAAUACAUUCACAACUUCAAACUUCUGCAAGCAUCGUUUAAAAGAAUGAAUGUGGAUAAGGUAAUUCCCGUGGAAAAACUGGUCAAAGGGCGCUUCCAAGACAACUUAGAUUUCAUUCAAUGGUUUAAGAAGUUCUUUGAUGCUAACUAUGAUGGGAAGGAGUAUGAUCCUGUGGAAGCUCGACAAGGCCAAGACGCUCUUCCCCCACCAGAUCCUGGUGAACAAAUCUUCAACCUGCCCAAAAAGUCUCACCACGCAAACUCUCCGACUGCAGGUGCUGCUAAAUCCAGUCCAGCUUCUAAACCAGGAUCAACACCUUCUCGCCCAUCUUCAGCAAAAAAAGCUGCACCAAGCAGCUCAGCAUCCAAAUCAGAUAAAGAUUUGGAAACUCAAGUCAUACAGCUCAGCGAACAGGUACAUUCGUUAAAACUUGCACUUGAAGGCGUGGAGAAGGAAAGGGAUUUCUACUUUGGCAAAUUAAGGGAGAUUGAACUUCUCUGCCAAGAACACGGGGGAGAGAAUAAUGACCUUGUCAAUCGGCUAAUGGAAGUCCUUUAUGCUUCAGACGAACAUGAGAGCCACACAGAAGAGCAUGAAGGUGAAGAGCAAGUCCACGAACAGCCCCAGCAGCAGGAGGAGUACUGACUCACCCAGCGUCUCUGACAAUUUUCGUUUUGUGUGAGAACUUUCUUCUGGAGAAUGGAACAUGUGUGGCCUCAAACUUGAAAUCAGUUCACUCCCAGUCUGCCAUUAACAUUUAUGUACCAUAGUGAGUGCCAGCCAACCACUGCAUUCUGUACCCAUACUUUGCCAAGAUGCAUUUGCAGACGUCUUCUUUCAGUGUAUCUUCCCAAGAGGUUGUAGGGCUACGUCACCUACCGUACAUCACUGCAACUUCACCACUUGGCUGCUUGAGAUUUGUUCUGCUCUUUAAAAAAAAAAAAGUAUAUAUAUAUUUAUUUUUUUUCUUUUUAGUCUUAAGUAUGAUACACUUGUAACUUGUUCUAACAUAUUUAUAUUGGCAUUUUGUGUGGCAAGAAGUACCGUACCACUAGCCGUGUCUCUCACUUUGUGGUGCUUUCGCGUUUUCUAGUACAUCUGCAUCGGGGCAUAAAUUCGGACAAACAAUUGGAAUAAAGGGAUGCAGUGGAAGUCAUACUCAAGCCAUAAUGAAGAGGUGUGUUGUGGAAGAAAAUGCUCGUGUUGCUCAUGUUUAUUCCUUUCCUGCCUUCACGAAAUGGAAGGCAGAGCAUCUGUUUCACUAGGAGAUUUAAACCCCUGUGUUAGAAAGCUUGUUAGAAAGCUGCAUGGUAUGUUUUUUGGCAUAUUUCGGGAGGAACAGACAACCACUUAAGUUUUUUGAAAACCCUCCCAGUUUUCUGACUAGUCAAUAGACAUUUCCCAGCUUUUCUUCCUUCCUUCCUUGAGGAAUCCAGUCCCAGCCUUCAGCUGCAGCUCUGCCUCCGCAGAGCUCAGUGCUGAUGGAGGAGAGAAAUCUCCUUGACACCAGUGUAGCUGCAGGACACGAUCUCUGCUGUCAUACUUGGCUUCCCACCCCUCAGAAGAGGACGAAGUAGGCCAGCCAUUUCUUCUGCUAUCCUUCCCCCGCCUCCGCUGCCCUAGCCAUACAGGUAUGGAGGACAGAAAACCUCCUCAUUAGUGCAAGGCAUGGGAAAAAAACAGCAACAGCAGUAGCCCUGAACCCCCUUGACCUCCCGUUAAGAUGGUGGUGGACACCUUAUGGGUGGUGAGGCCGCUUCUGAAGUGUGGAGAGGCAGUGAGGAGUCCUUCUGGAGACUGAGCACACACCAGAGGGGGACCAGGUGACCGAGGGGCACAGAGCCGGUUCUGCGCUUGGCUGACCUCCCUCUGGCGAGGCCGGCAUGGUGCAGAACCACGUCUGCCUUGGAAUGUCCGCAGUGAGAGUGUUCCCUUCCAGUGUGGCCCCAUCGCCCUGUUCUAAAUGAUGGUAUUUUAUAAACAGAGGUAUCUUGAAGUGUAUAAAGCAUUCCUUGUUUUUCUCAUAAAACUGUGCAUUGUAGUCUCUCUGAAUAUUUAAUGCUUGGUAUUCUUGGUGUCUCACUUGAUUUUUCUUCAUUCUGGAUUGUUAAUGCUGAUUUAGCAGGUACCUGGAAGUCCCACCCCAAUCGGCAGUCACUGAAAAAGUCCCAAACUUAUUGAACAGCUAAAUCAUCGUAGACCUUCAUGUGCUGCUAAAGCACAAGUUCCCAGCUUGCACACACACAGGCAUGCGCAGUUUUCUGUUCCUAAUCAAUCUUUUGCAGCUAAGUGGCUCUUAGUUAAAUGUGAGAUCCCUGCUGUCGUGUUGCGCCACAGACGAUAUGUAAAAAUACUCUUAAGCACUAGAGCAGGUGUUUCCAGUUCCUUGAUUGCUCUCCCUGCUCGGCAGAAGAGCUUCUGGACCCUGUGGGCUGAAGGUUUCCCAGCCCUGACUCCAGCACUGACCUCGCAUCCUACCUGGUGAUGAAGUGCAAGUACGGCAACCCGCGGGCCACCACUUCCUCUUUCCCCUUUCGAUUGGUUACGAAUAAGGUCUGGUUUAGAAAAAUGUGUAUAUCCCAAAAUGAGUAUUUCCAAGAGUCACCACAAAUGGGGGAAUUGUCAUUUUUGUUGUAUUUGUGUUUAUUAGAACAUGUGUACUUAUUACAAUUGUCAUUGUAAUAAACGGUAGUUCUUCAUAAUACUGUUGAACCGAA